AGGAAGGCGUGGGAGGGGAAGAAAUAGAGGGAGAUAGUAAUAUUUGUAAUACUUAUGAAGUAUGCUUUAAUUUGUAAUAUUUAUGAACUAUGCUUUAAUUUGUAAUAUUUAUGAACUAUGCUACAAUUUGUAAUAUUUAUGAACUAUGCUAUAAUUUGUAAUAUUUGUGAACUAUGUUAUAAUUUGUAAUAUUUAUGAACUAUGCAGCAAUUUGUGAUAUCUUUAUGCAGAUAUGGCGGCUCGAUCGUUGCUCGAUCCACUUAUUGAUCAGAAACAUCGUGCAUCGCACUUCGAGGCUGACCCGCAGAGCAUGGAGCCACUGCAGACCCGUACUCCAAAGAAGAACUGGAUGAUACACCCUCAGUGGGAAGACAGGUUGAAGUGGGCUGGACUACUACCUUUCGCUCGAUUAGUGGAGGCCCGAGAGAACGUUUCGCGUCUGAACUACGAUGCUGCUUUGAUCACCUGCUUAGUGGAUCGAUGGAGGCCCGAGACUCACACCUUCCACUUUCGCUGGGGUGAGAUGGCUCCUACUCUACAGGAUGUGUCUAUGUUGCUGGGCCUUCCGUUGGCUGGUGAGCCCAUCGGCCCAUUGGAGGAACCCGUGGGAUGGAUGCACAGCAUGGAUGCACGUUUCGUUGGUGUUCGCCAGGGCGUUGGGCCUAUCUCUUUUGAGGCUCACGGCCCUCGUCGAGCGUGGCUACACGAGUUCCAGAUCGAGCAGUUCGGAUACCCCGAUGUACCGAUGACUGCGGCCCAGAUCACUCGCAGCUUGGAGGCGUACCUCAUGUGGCUACUCGGGAAGACGAUGUUCACGGACAAUCACGGGAAUACGAUCAGUGCGCGGUACAUCCCUAUAGCUCAGGAGAUAGCAGAGGCCACCGAAGCAGAGCACAUCAUUCAGAGGAGCUGGGGUUCUGCGGUCUUAGCCGCUACGUACCGAGGUCCGGUCAUGGGCGAGGGACAUUUUGGGCAUAAUCAGCUAAGGAAUUGCUACCCAGCAUUCACAGAGCAGUUUGACCUACUACUAGAGAGCGAUGUCACCUGGGAGCCAUACAGUGAGGACCACCGCGACGAGGCAUACCCAGGCGGUAUAUCGAACAUGUGUACCAGAGAUUGGGCCUACUGGAUGACGAAGGCGAAGAUCAUCUUCGAUAUCUUCGUGGAGGAGAUGUCGCAGCAGAGGGUCAUGAGACAGUUUGGACAGCGUCAGCUGAUCGAGCCACCACCUCCCACAGUUCCUCUACCACCACGCGUCCACGCGUACAACAGAAAAGGAGCGAAUAAGACUGCUGCUGGAUGGUUGCAACUCCUCGCUCCAUACAUCACCGGUUGGGCCAAUGCGCCGGCAGUUUCAUGGGCCACCAUGGGGCCAUUUGAUCUUCAGGAAUUUGAGCACUACUUGCGGGCAUACAUGCCUAGGACACGACUUCGGCUGAGCCAGGUGUGUGACCCAGUUCAGAGGGAUCCCUCGACAAUGUGGGACACCUACCCUCGUCACUCCACUUCAGGCACUCGGCAUCACGCAGCCGUGUUGACGGCGGAGCUGCAAGAUGACGCCGCCCAGUAUGCACGCUCGCUCUCCUCCGGCCCACUUCUUGGACGGUAUGAGCACCACGCCUCCUUUGCACAGCGUCUUCAGGACAAACUACGUCGUAUCUACGCGACUAUCACAUGCACGCGAUCUUCGGAUGUUGCCGAGUACCGAGCAGCACAGCGGCCACCUCGUCCCUCUUUGCAGGUGCAUCAGCCGCGGCACGCCCCGCGCCCACGUAUGGAGGUACCGCCGAGCCCGAGGCCACCAUCUCCUAACCAGGCUGGAGGUUCUGGGUGGCAAAACCAGCAGCAGCAGGAGCCUACUUACGAGUAUUGGCAGCGUGCCGGUUUCGGCAUGGAGCAGCAAUUUCCCAUGCCUAACUUCGGGUGGCGUCCCCGUAUGGAUGAGCCAGAGGGUGAGGGACAUAUGUCGACGGGGUCCGGAUCACGAUCCUUCCGGUCCAGAUGCUCACGAUCGGGACGAAACACAGCAGAGCUAUCAAGACUGGAUUUCAAGUCAACAGCAAACUCCACCUCCGGAUCCCACGCAGAUACGAUCAGCACGAGCAGGGGUACAUGCUUCCUCCCCGACAUCGCCAGCCACCUGUUCGUAUGUACUCGCCGUCACCUUUUCAGGCUCGACCGCCACCGAGGCGAGGUGGAGGGAGGGGCCGUGAUCAGUGAGAUGAGUACUAUUUGUAUGCACCAUGUAUGA